AUGACCUCGCCUGAGCCCUAUAGUCUAGGUACACUAAAUAACUCUCCAUUAGCCGGUGAUGGUAGCGACUUUCCUUGCAAACUGCGCGCUAACGCGUUCGAGGCCCCUCGGACUGAAACAACGAUUGGAGUGGGCCAAUCGCAUCAGCUGAUAUUCAAGGGAAGUGUCACGCAUGGAGGAGGCUCAUGCCAGAUCAGUCUGACCAAGGAUCUUGAGCCAUCUAAGAGCUCAGAGUGGAUGGUAAUUACGUCCUUUAUUGGUGGAUGUCCGGCCAAUGUGGAUGGUAAUCUCCCCAGUGACCCCUCUCGGAUCGAGAAAUACCCAUCCAACUUCACCAUUCCUCACAAUAUCACGCCCGGCAAAUACACACUGGCCUGGACCUGGUUUAACCGCCUUGGAAACCGCGAGAUGUACAUGAAUUGUGCACCUAUCACGGGGGGCGCUGUUAAGUCCAUCGAGCGCUCAUCCACCCUCCCUGCCAUGUUCGUGGCGAACGUGAACGGCUGUACCACCACCGCAGGCAUUGAUAUCAAAUUCCCUGAACCUGGCGAAAGUGUCGAAUUUAAUGGACAGCCUGCUAACCUUGCAUCUGAUGAACAGCCUGCCUGUACUGGCGUCUCGACAUUUGGCGUCCGUCCUUAG